UAUUUGCUCUCGACUCAACGCUGGAAAUAACUUAUCCGGGAACAUGGUGUCGAUUUAUCUAUUGGCCUUGAUGUGCUUGUUGCCAGUGUGUUUUGCAGGGAUGGCAUUCCCAGUCCCUGAGUCUACCUACGCUCAGGACAUGUUCAGAAAAAUCAACCCUGCUAUCGAAUGGGACCCCACGAAUUUCCUUGUUGACCUAUCUGGACCCUAUACCCUCUGCAAAUAUAGUGAUCAUUACGGACCAAUCAACGUGUACGAAGUGUCCAAGGAUGGCGGUUCAUCCAUCGGCGGCUAUAUUGAAACCAUCAAAAGUUCAGGCCACACCGUGACUAAAGCUGGCAAAGACAUACGAGUAGUUAUUGCUGGGUGGAUCAAAAAGAAUCCAUUCAAAGAUCAGAUCAGAGAAGCAAAACUAUUUGGAUGCAGUAUCCAGCCUUCGUGCCCAAAUGGACGAUCUGUUAUUGGAUGCCUGUUCAGCCCAAAGUUUCAAGGAAAUCAACCACGCCCAACAAACCCAGGUCCAAUUGUCAAACAAAAGGCAUUGGCGUUCACAUCUGACCAAUAUGAACUAGCAGCGAAAGUCACUCAGAAAAGAUGGGACCGAUCACACCUUUUGGAAAAUCUGUCUGGCUACGAAACAGAUUGCGAUAUGAUAAAUCAAAGGUACCAUGACUUUGCGGAUGCAAAGGCGAUGGCUUCAAAACGAGGCAUAAAAGUGAUUGGUAAAUUUGGAUCGGCACCACUCAAAGGGGAUACCACCGAGGCGGUAUCUAAAAUAAUCCGCUCGUGGAAUUUGGUAAAUGCCAAAAUGGUUGGUUGUAGUGCCAUCCCUGAUUGUACCAUAUUUGAAAAGGAGAUGACAACAGUCGUAUCUUGUAUUUUCAGUCUGUAGACCGCAGCCGUGAGUGAGCCCGUGUAGGAGUAUACAAAUGGGAUGAUACCAGAGACCAUAUAUAUAAUGGCUUAAUCAGAUUUGUAAAAAACUUUAUUGAAAAAUAAAAAUAAUGGCAAAUGCUAUAUGGAGAUUGA